ACUAGUGUUCAACAAGGGCUUUUUUUUUUUUAGGAAUGGAUUUUGAGGCAAACCAAUCUCAUCAUAUAGUAGACCCUUGGUGACUAGGAAGAGAACCUAUUACUUAAUUCAGCCUGAGCUUUGUUUCUCUUCCAAAAUUCAUUCUACCAAAAAAAAAGAACCUGUCAAUUGCUCGACGGCGGAGAUGAAGCCCAUGAAGUUCAAACUAAUAGAAAUCUUUCUAUUUCUGAAUUUGUGUUGCGCAUGCGUGGUAGCAGAAGAGAAGAUCCGGCAAGCCAAAAUAACUUACAUAGUUCACAUGGAUAAGUCGAACAUGCCAGAAAGUUUCACUGAUCACUCCCUAUGGUAUGAUUCAUCUUUAAAAUCUGUCUCAGAAUCAGCAUCCAUGCUUUACACAUACGAAAACGUAAUUCACGGCUACUCUACGAGACUAACAGUUGAGGAAGCUGAAUCGCUUGGAAAACAGUCUGGAAUUCUCUCUGUCCUACCUGAAGUAAGAUAUGAACUGCACACAACUCGAACACCAGAGUUCCUUGGAUUAGGAAAGAACAGUGCCCUCUUCCCCACCUCUGAUUCAAUGGGUGAAGUGAUUGUUGGCAUAUUGGACACUGGAGUUUGGCCCGAGCUGAAAAGCUUUGAUGAUUCUGAGCUUGGACCAGUGCCAUCUGGCUGGAAAGGCAAGUGUGAGGUGGGCAAAAACUUCAAUUCAUCAAGCUGCAACAGGAAACUAAUUGGUGCCAGAUUUUUCUCAAAAGGGUAUGAAGCUGCGUUUGGACCCAUUGAUGAAACCAUGGAAUCAAAGUCUCCAAGAGAUGAUGAUGGACAUGGAACUCACACAGCAACUACAGCUGCCGGGUCAGUUGUGCCUGAUGCUAACUUGCUAGGAUACGCUUCUGGGACAGCACGUGGGAUGGCUUCACAUGCCCGAGUUGCCAUUUACAAGGCGUGUUGGCUUGGUGGGUGUUUUAGCUCUGAUAUUGCAGCAGCCAUGGACACAGCUGUUGCGGAUGGAGUGGAUAUUAUCUCAAUGUCAAUUGGUGGAGGAAUAUCGGAGUACUAUGGUGACACUGUCGCCAUUGGAGCAUUCACAGCAGCCGCGUAUGGAAUUUUUGUAUCUUGUUCAGCAGGAAAUAGUGGACCCAGGCCCAGCAGCUUGUCAAAUGUUGCACCAUGGAUAACUACCGUGGGUGCUGGAACAUUGGACCGUGAUUUCCCUGCCUCUAUUACUCUGGGAAACGACGAGCAAUACUCUGGCGUGACACUUUAUAAUGGAAAGCAGUUAUCUGAUUCGGUGCCACUAGUUUAUGGUGGUAAUGCGAGUAAUUCAAGUAGUGGAAGCCUUUGCAUGGCAGGAAGUUUGAUUCCAGAAAAAAUUUCGGGGAAGAUUGUGGUAUGUGAUCGAGGGGGGAGUGCGAGGGUGCAAAAAGGAGUGGUGGUGAAGGCUGCUGGUGGUGUAGGGAUGAUUUUGACAAACACUGAUACUUACGGAGAAGAGCUAGUUGCCGAUGCGUAUCUCUUACCUUCAGCAGCUGUUGGGCAGAAGACUGGAGAUGCAAUCAAGAAAUAUUUAUCUUCUGAUCAUAACCCAACAGCCAUAAUUGGUCCUGGAACCACAAAAUUAGGUGUUCAACCAUCUCCCGUGGUAGCAGCAUUCAGUUCUAGAGGUCCAAAUCCAGUCACUCCAGCAAUACUUAAACCAGACAUUAUUGCACCAGGAGUCAAUAUCCUUGCAGGUUGGACUCGUGCAGUUGGUCCGACAGGAAUAGCGAGUGACCACAGGCAUGUAGACUUCAACAUCAUUUCAGGUACAUCAAUGUCAUGCCCCCAUGUUAGUGGGUUAGCUGCACUUAUCAAGGCUGCUCAUCCUGAAUGGAGUCCAGCAGCCAUUAAAUCUGCCCUCAUGACCACAGCCUACACAGCUUACAAAAGUGGUGAAAAGAUUAAAGAUGUUGCCACAGGAGGACCAGCAACACCAUUCGAUUAUGGUGCCGGGCAUGUGGAUCCAGUUGCAGCCCUUGAUCCUGGCCUUGUCUACGAUGCCACUGUUGAGGACUAUCUUGGUUUUCUUUGUGCCUUGAACUACACACAAAAUCAAAUUAAAAGCACUACGCACAGAGACUUCACCUGUCUGACAAGCAAAAAGUACACCCUGGGAGAUUUUAAUUACCCAUCCUUCUCUGUUCCUUUGGAAACUGCCUCAGGCAAAGAGGGUGGUACUGGCGUCUCAAGCACCAUCCAAUAUACAAGAACCCUUACUAAUGUUGGUGCCCCCGCAACAUACAAAAUUUCUUUGUAUUCAGAGACACAAGCAGUGAAAAUCUCGGUUGAGCCAGCAACACUAAGUUUCAGCGCGCAAUACGAGAAAAAGAGCUAUACCGUGACAUUCAAAGCUAGUUCUAUGCCAUCUGGUACAACCAGCUUUGCCCGUCUGGAAUGGUCAGACGGAAAACACAUUGUUGGUAGUCCAAUUGCUUUCAGCUGGACAUAACCAUGACAACAAUUGGGUUCAUGAUACUAAUACUGGAACUGCCAAGUGCCCUCAAAGCACUAGAGAUUUCUCUUACAGUAUAAUGAAUCCGUCUUAUACUAUCUAAUAUUACAGCAACUGUGCAGGCAGAGCCAGUUGUAAGUAUAAAUGCUAUCCAAGAAAAUUAGGGGACAGUAAAUUGGGUUUAAAAAAAAAAAAAGUUCGUAACAAGGUGGGGAAUAAUUGUACAAUGACUUCAUGUAUAAGGAACUGGCAUGUGAAUUUAGACAGUAUUCCUAGUUAUGAUUCGUCUCGUAUAAAUCUUGAAUUCUUCCAA